CUGGGCUGCGUGGGCUCUCUCCGUCUGGAAGGAUAAAGCUACAUGACUUGCUGAGAAGAGAGAAAAUGCUAUGCUGGGGAUAYUCGUCUUUUGGACAGCCUGGCAUAGGUAGCAACCUCCAGGUCGUUGUUCCAGAACCGCAGGUGUAYGGCUUCAUCCAUGACAGCAAUGUCAAGGAGGUGGCGUGCGGAGGAAACCAUUCCAUCUUCCUGCUGGAAGGUGGGGAAGUGUAUGCCUGUGGCUUGAACACCAAAGGCCAGCUGGGGCAUGAGAGUGAAGGAAGCAAGCCAGAGCAAAUCGGGGCCCUGGCAGGGCAGCACAUAGUGCACGUGGCCUGCGGAGAGUCUCACAGCGUGGCRCUCAGCGACCAGGGCCAGCUCUUCUCCUGGGGCGCCGGCAGCGAUGGACAGUUGGGCCUCACUACCAUAGAAGACGCCGUGACAGUACCCAGGUUGAUAAAGAAAUUGAACCAACAGACGAUACUKCAGGUUUCCUGUGGAAACUGGCAUUGCCUGGCUUUGGCAGCAGAUGGCCAGUUCUUCACAUGGGGGCAGAACAGUUAUGGUCAGCUGGGCUUGGGUAAAGAAUGUCCCUCCCAAGCCAGCCCACAACGUGUCAAAUCUCUCGAYGGGAUCCCUUUGGCUCAGGUUGCUGCAGGUGGAGCCCACAGCUUUGCCCUGUCUCUCUCCGGAGCUGUGUUUGGCUGGGGGAAGAACAGCUCAGGGCAGCUGGGACUGAGUGAUGAACGAGACCGAGAAUCUCCGUGCCAUGUGAAGCUGUUGCGGUCUCAGAAGGUUGUUUACAUCAGCUGUGGAGAAGAACACACRGCAGUUCUGACAAAGAGUGGAGGGGUGUUCACGUUCGGUGCAGGUUCCUGUGGGCAGCUGGGCCACGACUCCAUGAACGACGAAGUGAACCCCCGAAGAGUUCUCGAGCUAAUGGGCAGCGAGGUAUCGCAGAUCGCCUGCGGCAGACAUCACACUUUAGCCUUCGUGCCUUCCUCAGGAAUGAUCUAUGCAUUUGGCUGUGGAACAAGAGGCCAGCUGGGAACUGGGCACACGUGCAAUGUUAAGUGUCCCUCUCCUGUGAAGGGUCACUGGGCCGCUCACAACGGGCAACUCUCAGGGAAGCCAGAUGCUUGUAAAUAUCAUAUUGUUAAACAUAUCUUCUCUGGAGGAGACCAGACGUUUGUGCUUUGCUCCAAAUAUGAGAAUUCCUUGCCUGCUGAUGAUUUCCGGACCAUAAAUGAAACACGUUACACCUGUUUAAUAAAUGAUGAAACUAUAGAUGUCUGGAGGCAAAAGCUUUUAGAAAAGAACAGUUCUAAUUCUGUCAAUGAUGUAGUUCAGAUACUGUCCUCGGCUGCCUGCUGGAAUGGAAGCUUCCUGGAGAAGAAAAUUGAUGAACAUUUUAAGACCAGUCCGAAGAUCCCGGGGAUUGAUUUGAACUCCACCAGAGUGCUGUUUGAGAAACUGAUGAACUCUCAGCACUCCAUUCUUCUAGACCAGAUAUUGAAGAGCUUUGAAAGCUUUUUGAUUCCGCAGCUGUCCAGCUCCCCSCCAGAUGUAGAGGCAAUGAGGAUCUAUUUGAUUCUACCUGAAUUCCCACUCCUCCAGGACUCCAAGUAUUACAUAACAUUAACACUUCCUCUAGCAAUGGCUAUACUGCGCCUGGAUACCAACCCCAGUAAAGUGCUUGAUAACUGGUGGUCUCAGGUGUGCCCAAAGUAUUUCCUGAGACUUGUGGACCUCUAUAAAGGGGCAGUGGUUUAUCUGCUCAGCGGACGAAAGACACUGCUCAUCCCAGUCCUGUUCAGUAGCUACAUCACGGCCGCUCUCAGACUUCUGGAGAAGCUGCACAAGGUAAAUCAGAAGGUUAAGCACAUAGAAUAUGAUAAGUUUUAUAUCCCUGAGAUUUCCAGCUUGGUGGACAUUCAGGAGGAUUAUCUCAUGUGGUUCUUGCAUCAGGCUGGAAUGAAAGUAAGACCAUCUAUCAUGCAGGAUGCUGUGACACUCUGUUCUUACCCUUUCAUCUUUGAUGCUCAGGCUAAGACCAAGAUGUUACAGACAGAUGCUGAACUACAGAUGCAGGUGGCAAUAAAUGGUGCAAAUUUGCAGAAUGUCUUCAUGCUUCUCACCCUCGAGCCUCUGCUGGUCAGAAGCCCUUUCCUGGUACUUCAUGUCCGCAGGAGCAACUUGGUUGGUGAUGCUUUGAGGGAGCUGAGCAUCCAUUCGGACAUUGAUUUAAAAAAGCCUCUUAAAGUCAUCUUUGAUGGUGAGGAAGCUGUGGAYGCUGGAGGGGUGACCAAAGAAUUUUUCCUGCUGCUGUUAAAAGAGCUGCUCAACCCCAUCUAUGGCAUGUUCACUUACUACCCAGAGUCAAACCUGCUGUGGUUUUCAGACACGUGUUUUGUAGAACACAACUGGUUUCACUUGAUUGGCAUCGUAUGCGGUCUUGCAAUAUACAACUUCACCGUGGUAGACCUGCACUUUCCCUUGGCUCUGUACAAAAAGCUCUUGAAUGUGAAGCCGUGCCUAGAGGAUUUGAAGGAGCUGUCCCCUACAGAAGGAAGGAGUCUUCAGCAGCUUUUAGAUUACCCCGGGGAAGAUGUAGAAGAGACAUUCUGCCUGAAUUUUACAAUCUGCAGGGAAAGCUAUGGUGUGACAGAGCAAAAGAACCUGGUGGAAGAUGGAGACAAAAUUCUUGUGCAGAAGGAUAAUAAGGAAGAAUUUGUUGAAGCCUAUGUGAAUUACAUCUUCAACCUCUCCAUCCACGAGUGGUACACGGCCUUUUCCAGUGGCUUCCUGAAAGUGUGUGGUGGGAAAGUCCUGGAGCUCUUCCAGCCCACAGAGCUCAGGGCCAUGAUAGUUGGCAACAGUAACUACAACUGGGAGGAACUGGAGGAGAGCGCUGUCUAUAAAGGAGACUACACUGCGACACACCCAACCGUGAGAAUGUUUUGGGAGACCUUCCACGCAUUUCCCUUGGAAAAGAAGAAGAAAUUUCUCUUGUUCCUGACGGGCAGCGACCGCAUCCCCAUCUACGGCAUGUCGAGCCUGCGCAUCGUCAUCCAGUCCACAGCCAGCGGGGAGCAGUACCUGCCCGUGGCCCACACCUGCUACAACCUGCUGGACCUGCCCAAGUACAGCAGCAAGGAGGUCCUCAGCGCCCGCCUCAUCCAGGCCAUCGAUCACUACGAGGGCUUUAGCUUAGCCUGACCGGUAGGGAAGAGGCACGGACACUUGGGUACGGAGGGAAGAAACGGUGGGGUUGGCUUUAUUUUUAUAAGGGAGUGGAUCAGAGCAUUUGGGGGAAAAGUAUAAUUAGUAGUAAUAAUAGAUACAGAUGAGGCAGGGACUCAGCCRGAUGCUGUCAGUGUUUUCUGGGAUUUCAUCAGGGAGAGCUUCUUGCUUUGAAUUUCAUCUAAUCCAUUGAAGGAAAAUCAGUCUAGAGGGACUUUUUAUUGUUUCCCUUUUCACUUGGCACCACUGCUCUCCCAGCAACUCCAUGUAGUUUGAUUUUACUGCCCCUGCACACACAGAYUUACCUCUUCUUUUGGUCCAGUUUAAAUAUUUUAAAGUUCUUUGCAUUUUAGGCUAUGAGGGGAAAUUGGAAUGAAACAGUGAUCUCCUCCUUGAAAAGCUGUGAUUUUACCCUACCCCUUUCCCCCCGGCCUUUUUAAGGCAAGCUGGUUCUUGCUUGCUUCGAACGGAUGCACCCCCUCUGCCCCUUGGUGCGGGCAGGGGGGUCCCUAUAGGGCUGGGAUGUCCCCUGUGACCUCCAAGGGCAGUGUGUGGGUUCUGGUGCAGCUCUGCCUGGGGCUGCCUUGUUUGUCCUCCUCCCUCUCAAAUGUUGUUCCCACGCAGCGUCUGCUUAAAAACGCCCUGUAACAAAAGGCUCCCCUGGAGCAGGGGUUGCGCUCGGGCUUUUGGAAGAACAAACUGUACCCAUAACGAGGGGUUGCUCCAAUUGCCUCUCUGGUGUUGUGUGCCUCUGUGGGUAGGCGUGCA